UGUCCGCAUUAGAGAGAGUCUGCACGUAUGUCACAGGCACUAUGGUGGAGGGCUGGUGAAGAUGAUGGCAGCUCUCUGCGAGAAUGGCACAUAUGGACUCAACUGUGGCCGCAAGAGCGACAGAAUAUCAGUUUUACAUGUCAAACUGACAGAAUCAGCCUUUAAAGCGCUGGAAAACUACCAAAACUGUAAGAAGGCACCGUCCUCACAGGCGACGAUACGUUUUCAGGGUCUUCAAGGGCGCAUUAAAAUCCCAACAACAGAUGCUCCCAAUGGCUGUCAUAACUUUGACUUUUAUUUGUCAAACUAUGGCAAAGACAAUCCUCAAGGAAGCUUUGAGUGUAUCCACCAGUACAUAUCUGGCUCUGGAGUCCCCCAUCUGUCCUCCUUGGGAACGAUUCAAGACAAAAUCACAGUAUGUGCCACCAAUGACUCCUACCAGGUGACCAAAGAGAGAGUGGCCAAAGCUGAGGACGAUAAAAGCAAAAGCAGCACCAAAUUCAUCAGACCCGGAGGACCGUUCAGAGACAAAAAAGUCCAGCACCGAAAACCGGCCCCGUCAGCCCCCGAUCCGGUUCCAGAGAGGAAGCAGACCACCCCCCUCAACCCAGCCAACACCAUCCGCAAGUGCCUUACCAACAACCCCGUAUCGCAACGGCCAUACCGGGACCGCGUCAUUCACCUUCUGGCCCUGCGCUCUUACAAGAAACUAGAGCUGCUCGGCAGACUGCAAAGAGAUGGCAUCAGCCAGAAAGACCGCAACUCUUUGGGCUCUACACUAAAUCAGGUGGCCAGUCUAAACCCGAAGGAUAACUCGUAUUCCCUGAAGGACUUUAUCUUCCGUGAGGUCCAGAGGAACUGGCCGGGCUACACGGAGGAUGAACGGGUUCAGUGUGACAGGAUCCUGGCACGUAAAUUGGGUUUGAAUUCAGAGUCUGUAUCUUCCAGCAGCCCAACCAAAGAGCCAACAUCUCCACUGAAACGUCAACCUGAGACUGACUUCAUUGACCCUCUGAUGUCUAAGAAGCCCCGAAUCUCCCACCUCAGUAACCGAGGGCCCCCCUCCUCUUCAGGUCGUCAUUCUUCAGAGACUGAGGACAAAAAACCUGCAUCAACGGCCGCUUGCCCAGGACCCUAUUUUCACCCUCCCCUUGUCACGGGCUCCAGGUCAAACUCCCCCAGUACACCAGAGGGCCGGGGGUCUCAGGACCUGCCCCUGGACCAGAGCUCUAUAUGCGGAAACUCCUCCGAGAGCUACGCCCCCCACAGCCACACGUCCAGCCAGCCGGUUUCCACCACGUCCCCCUUGUCCUUCUCCACCUGUACCGUCUCCACAACCACCAUUACCUCCACUACUACCACCAGCAACGGCCACCGCGUUUCUUCUGCCGUGUCUCCUACGGCCAGCCGUGAAGGCAAUGGCAGCAAAAAGCCCAAGAAGUCCAAGAAGCACAAAGAUAAAGAGAGGAAGCGAGAAGGAGAGAAAGAGAAGGAUAAGGACCGAAAGAGGGAUAGAGAGCAUAACUGCGAUAAGGAAGCAAAGCCCAGGAAGAAACAUCGGAAUGAGGCAGAACAAAGACACAUUCCUGCCAACAUCAAUCAAGAAUCGGACCGAGAAGCUGGCAAAGACAAGCCUGUGAACAGCACUGAACUUCCAGUCCCAACAAAGCCUGAUUACGUAGUGAAGUACACAGCAGUGAUAUCUAUGGAUCAGAGGCAGCACUAUAAGGAUGACUUCAAUGCAGAAUAUGAUGAGUAUCGCGUCCUUCAUGCCCGCGUAGAGAGAGUUACUCGUCGUUUUACAAAACUGGACGCCCAGUGUAGACGACUGGCACCAGGAACUAAAGAGUACCAGGACGUACAUGAACAGGUGCUGCAAGAAUAUAAAAAAAUUAAACAACACAGCCCAAAAUAUUAUGAAGAAAAACUGCGCUGUGAGUACCUGCACAACAAACUGGCCCACAUCAAACGGCUCAUCGCUGACUUCGACCAGCGGAAGGCGCAGUCCUGGCUGUAGGGCACGGGACCAAGCAACCCCCUCAGCCAAUCAGAGCGCUCUUCAGCCGAAGGAGUGUGGGAAUCAAUCAGCUCCUUAUUUAUUCUAUUUACUGAUUCCCCACUCGCCUGUUUUUCCAUAUCUGGUCGCCUUCAUCACUCUAUAUCAUGUUUUUUUCCUUUUCAUCCUAUCCCAUACCUUUUCAUUGAUUCCUUUUUCUUUCUUUUUGAAGGAUUUUUUUAAAAGAAAAAAGGACAAAAAAUAAAACUAACUUUUUGAAUGCAAAAAGAAAGUUCGCAAUGCAAACCGGGGGCCUUACAGCUCGUAUUUCUUCAAGCCUUUUGCACAGGGGUGAUCGAGCCAGUACAUGUGAAAAAGUGGCCAUAAAACAGGGGGUUUCCAAGAGCCUUGAGACUUCCUUUCUCCCGAUGGCCCUGUUUUUCUUUUUUCUUUAGAAGAGCAUCAGUAUUCACGCCCACAGUGCAAAUGAUGCCUUAAGGUAUUAAUACAGACCUAUAUCGAUGUGGCGUCAGUGAGACAUACAAGCACCCGGGGCAGUGGGGAGAAAUUAUUAUGACCUGAUCACAGGUCCAGCGCACAUUCAUGGAAGGUGUGAUCGAUGUUUGCUUGUGUGUGUGUGUGUGUGAGAGAAAGUGGCGAGUGAAAAUUGUCAGUGUUUGUUCAUUUUUGGGAAGGACUGUGGGUCAGAAACUACAGGUAGAGAUGGGCUCUGGGAGUAGAUUUAGAUAUAAAUUACAUAAAAGAGAAAAAAAAAAAAGGAAAACAAAAAUCCCCCAAAAAAAGCUGCUACAUUUUUUUUUUUCUUUGAACAGCCGGAGCCUUCGGGAUCAAGCCGGCUCGUUUUACGUGUUCUUAUUUUGGGCCUGCUCUGUUUAAGAAAAUGAUUGUACCAUCUUGAAGGCAAAGGUGCUACUGAUUCAUGAGAAAAUGCGUCGAGCAGAGGCAGACCUGUAUAUCCAUUUCAAAUGUAUUCAUUAAUUAUUACAAGUCUCAGAACAGAGUUAUUUAUGACUUAUAUAAUAUUAUAUAUUUUUUGUUUUCAUUUUGAAUUGCUGGAAUUUUGAGUAUUGAAAACAGAAACUGAUCAAAUAUGCAUAAAAGUCUUUAUUUCACGGUAUCAUUAGUGAUUAAACUUCUUAAAGAUUAAGGGAAACGUUUUGUUUACAAAACCUGUGUGAUGGGAAGUUGCCAAAAAAAAAGUUAUAAAAAUGAAACACAAAUGCUUUCAAUCCUAUGUGUAUAUAGUCUGGAAUAAAACGCGUUUCUCUGAGUGACAUAACACUUUAUCUAAAAGAAGAUGGUGAUCGAACACUUACAGUGUCUUGAUGUAUUUAUUUUCUUUGAUGCUUGUUUAGGAAAAAGAUCCAGAAUGCAGCUUUGUGAAUCAGCUUUCAAAAGAAAAAGAAAAAAACAUUGCUUGCAGUUAUGCAAAUUCUCACUGGAUCAUGGUGGAUUCUGAUUGGCUAGCUCAUUCUUGAGGCUUGCUGCAUUGUAUUUGCACAUUUUAAGAUGUCUUUUUGAGAUCUGAAAACAAAUCAUCUCUCUCUUAUGAUCACAAUUAUUCCAUUGUUAAAGACUGGGAGGUGUUUCCUUUGUUUUCCAUUGUUGUAUAUUGAAAAACCUGAGUGUGCCAUUCUCAAAAUAACCAUUGAUGAAUGUUCGUUUUCAGUAUUUGGGGCGGCAGAUGGCAUCUUACUUGCUUUUUAGGGGCUUAAAUGUGAUCAAACUCCCUAAGAUGUUCUGUCGUGUGAGCUUCUGUUCAUUUUAGUCGCAGUUUAAAGACUGGAUGAAAUGUCUGAUGACAACCAUAAACAAGUCAUGGUUGUUUAACAGAAUUAUAGCAGAUGCUUAUUUCCUCAGCAUCCACACUGAGCCCUAAAGAUUUGGGAUGACACUAAGAAGUGUUGCUUUAAAAGGAGAAUGUGCAUCUACACAUCAAACUUGGUAUUGUAAUUUGGGUGGGGAAGUAUUUGGUGUGUGACCAACACUUGUUUUCUUUCCCUUUUGAAGAAGAGACUGUGCCUCUGACACCACUAAAGAGAGAUGUUAAUGUUGGAAAAUAAGCCAAGAAUCUCAUAACACUGUCAUCUCUUGUUUUAAAGGUGGGAUGGGGGUUGUUUCAGACUGUAAGAAAGUCCCUGACCUGUCCACCUAAAAAUGUAUUAAAUCAGUUCAAUAAAAUGUGAACUCGG